AUGAUAAUCGCAUUGAUUCGGUUUCGUUCUUUUUUCGUGCCGAUAUUGGGUUUACUAUGGACAUUGUCAUGUAUCAUGAGUGCACCGUUUGAAUUUCUACCAAUAGACAUGUUACCAAAUUCUACAACGUAUCGAUUCAAUUAUGAUGGAAAGUUAUUAGGAAUGAAAAUAUCUGGUGUUUGGUUUGUACAAGCACUUUGGUCGAACAACAAUCAAGAAAUUGUUGGCUAUCGAAAUUGGCAGAGCAUAAUCGGCGAUUUUUCUGAAAUAUUUUAUGGUGUGUCAUAUUUAAAUGGAAGUUAUAUUCAAGCAUUAGUAGAUCCAGUUAACAACACGUGUAUACAUAUCUUUGUAGAAACUGUUAAUUGCACAGGAUGGUUACAGUUUGAAGGCCAGAAUCUUUCCAGAAAUACAUGUGAUAUACAACGUGAUGGAACAGAAAUUAAUGGGCAAAUGAUAAUUGAUAUUACUUCCUCAACGAUCGAUCGAACAAUGCCAUUCAAUUUCACCGCAGUUAUAAGAAUAGAUAAUCAAGAAAGUGAAGUUAUUAUGAUUUUCUCAGAAAAAUAUACGGACUCAACGAUGCCAGAAGUCCUUUGCUUUUUUUAA